GGGGGGGGAUGGAGAAUAUAUCUAUAUAUCCAGAAUUGACCUAGAGUUAAUCCAGGCAAUGCUGCGUCGCUUGUCGGGAGUAGCUGUCUGCAGGGUCUGUGCUGCUGUGGUGGAUACGCAGUUACCCAGCACAAAGGGGCAUGGUUUGGCAUAAUCUGGACCCACCUCCACUCUGGGCCCCAGUACUGAUCCCUGAGGCCCCACCUUGGUGGUGGUGGUGUGUGGAAUGGUGAUCGCCCAGUCUCUUCUCCACGGAGCUGGACCCGAUGGACUCUGUUUGAGUCGUCCUUAUUGUGCCGAGGGCACAGGUGGGGAGGUUCUUCUCGCUCCACCAACUCCCGUGACCCUGUGCUUGACUAGGAUUCAAAGUCCCGCUCUGUGCACUCUGGCACUGGGGAAGCGCCUCUCAGUGUGACGGAUAUGUGGUCCUGGCUGGCUUUGUCUGUGCCCCUGCACUUCAGGGAGGACAGCCUUCUCCUACUGGGGACCAAGAGCCACCACCUUCGCCACGAGCCCCCGGGGUGGCAGACACAGGCAGGCUUUGUCUUUUCCCACAGCACUCCAGAGAGAUGGCAGCCUUUUCCUCCUGCAGACUGCACCCUUGGCCCAGCCACUGUGCCCAGGAGUGGCAGACACAGGCAGAUUCUGUACUAUCACAUAGCCCUCCAGGGAGGGAACCACUUCCUCCAACUGAGGACUGAGCACCUGACCUACCACCACACCCAGGCUCCCCUCCUCUUCAGGUGCACCAACAGGGAGCCAGCUCCAGUCCAAAGAAAGCCCUGCAGUUAGAGAUCGGAUCCCUCUCAGUCUCAGUCCCUGGUCUUUCUCCUGUCCAGAUACGGUCCUGCACUUCCCUAGCUGCUCUUUCUUUUCCCUUUGUCUCUCCGUUGAAGGGAGUGCCUCCGCUCCGUGCCCAUGUGGCUGUUUUUUAUCUCCCCCAGUUUGCAGUUACCCACCUAUCUUCUUUCCAGCUUCCCCAUUUUCUUCCUAGUAGAUUCAGUCUCUUUUCCUCCCAGGCUCUGGUGUUCAAAGUCCUUUGGCUUCUGCACUUCUUUGUUUGAGAGUGGCAGGAAGUAUGGGUCCCCCUACUUCUCUGCCAUCUUGGCCUAGCUGAGGUUCUUUCUCUCCAACUCUCUUGAAUGUCCUGGCUCCUCCAGCGUCUCUUGCUGGAUUUCUCUCAUGGCCUUUGGAGACUGGGGAGAAAAGAGAGGGAGGGAAUUCUAGUCAUGGGGAUCAAUUUGAGUGGGCUCCGCUUGGUCGAGUUGCUUUUCCAGGGACUAACACUUUCCAACAGCCCUCCCAGGUGGGGCUCUCUGUUGUGCUAGAUCAUCACUUCAACUUGAUCUUUAGAUAAUAAUUAAGACUUGGAAAUUUGGUCAAUGAAUAAAUGCUGUUUCUAACCCAGAUACCUCCUUCCAGGUAUUUGCACCUCAAGCCGGGCAGCUGUGACCACAAUGUGGCUCAGAGGUUGGACUGGUAUAAUCUGGUCCCUGCAUGGCUGAGACACCGGCAAUCAGGGCUGCAGGCCAACGGCCAACACUUCAUGCUGGAGGACUCCACCUUCUGGAUCUUUGGGGGCUCUGUGCACUAUUUCCGGGUGCCCAAGGAAUACUGGAGGGACCGCUUGCUGAAGAUGAAAGCCUGUGGCUUGAAUACCCUCACCACCUAUGUUCCAUGGAAUCUCCACGAGCCAGAAAGAGGCAAAUUUGACUUCUCUGGGAACCUGGACCUGGAGGCCUUUGUGCUGAUGGCUGAAGAGAUCGGGUUGUGGGUGAUUCUGCGUCCAGGCCCCUACAUCUGCAGUGAGAUCGACCUCGGGGGCUUGCCCAGCUGGUUACUCCAAGACUCUGGCAUGAGGCUGAGAACAACUUACAAGGGCUUCACCGAAGCAGUGGACCUUUAUUUUGAUCACCUGAUGUCCAGGGUGGUGCCACUCCAGUACAAGCAUGGAGGCCCCAUCAUUGCUGUGCAGGUGGAGAAUGAAUAUGGUUCCUAUAACAGAGACCCCGCCUAUAUGCCUUACAUCAAGAAGGCCUUGGAAGACCGGGGUAUUGUGGAAUUGCUCUUGACUUCAGACAACAAGGACGGCCUGCAAAAGGGAGUCAUGGAUGGAGUGCUGGCCACCAUCAACUUGCAGUCACAGCAUGAGUUGCAGUUAUUAACCAACUUUCUCUUAAGUGUCCAGAGGGUUCAGCCCAAGAUGGUGAUGGAGUACUGGACCGGGUGGUUUGACUCGUGGGGAGGCCCACACAACAUCCUGGAUUCUUCUGAGGUUUUAAAAACAGUGUCUGCCAUUCUCGAUGCUGGCUCCUCCAUCAACCUCUACAUGUUCCAUGGAGGCACCAACUUUGGCUUCAUAAAUGGAGCCAUGCAUUUUCAUGACUAUAAGUCUGAUGUCACCAGCUAUGACUACGAUGCUGUGCUGACAGAGGCGGGGGAUUACACAGCUAAAUACUUCAAGCUCCGAAGUUUCUUUGGCUCCAUCUCAGGUGUUCCUCUCCCUCCCCAGCCUGACCUUCUUCCCAAGAUUGCAUAUGAGCCCUUGAGCCUGAAUUUUUACCUGUCACUGUGGGAUGCCCUGCAGUACAUGGAGGAGCCAGUCAAUUCUGAAAAACCAGUCAAUAUGGAGAACCUGCCAAUAAACAAUGGAAAUGGACAGUCAUUUGGGUACACUCUGUAUGAGACUACCAUUGCUUCAUCAGGUGUCCUUAGUGGUCUUGUGCGUGACCGGGGACAGGUAUUUGUGAACACAGUGUCUAUAGGAUUCUUGGACUAUGAAAAGAAGAAGAUCGUUAUUCCCUUGAUCCAGGGUUACACCAGGCUGAGGAUCUUGGUGGAGAAUCGUGGGCGAGUCAACUACGGGGAUAAUAUUGAUGACCAGCGCAAAGGUUUAAUUGGAAAUAUCUAUCUGAAUGAUUCUCCCUUGAAAAAAUUCAGAAUCUACAGCUUGGAUAUGAAAAAGAGCUUCUUUCAGAGGUUCAGCGUCGACAAAUGGAGCCCUAUCCCUGCAGUACCUACGUUCCCUGCUUUCUUUUUGGGUGUCUUGUCAAUUUCCCUUUCCCCUUUUGACACCUUCAUGAAGCUGGAGGGCUGGGAGAAGGGGGUUGUAUUCAUCAAUGGCCAAAACCUUGGACGCUACUGGAACAUUGGACCCCAGGAGACCCUCUACCUCCCAGGUGCCUGGUUGGAUCAAGGCAUCAACCAGGUCAUUGUUUUCGAGGAGAAGAUGGCAGGCCCUGUGAUACAGUUCACUGAAACACCCCACCUAGGCAGGAACCAGUACCUUGAUUGAGCAGCACCGCUCCUGCGCCCCCUGGAAGCAGGAGAGCACCACUGUCCUCCCAGCUGAGCAAGGCCUGGUGCUCUGCUCCCUGACACUCUCCCAUGUGGGAGAGUUUCCUUAAGUAACAUUCUCAGGCAGCCACGGGGGCUACAGCUCUGCCCCCUACUUUAAUUCAAGGCCCUAAACUUGGAAGAACUGAAGAAGAGAAGUGGAAUAGGAGGGAGGGACCCUCUUCUUACCUAAGUGGCUUUUUGACUGGGCUUUGUUGAUGGCACCUUUCUACUUUCCUGCUCUUUGGGAGAGGACAGAGGGAUGUCUCUCUGUGGGGUGGGAAUGUCUCAUCAUAUCUCCACGUGAUGAGGUUUGCUUCUAUGAUGUUCUCACCUGCACUCAGCAUGGCCCUCAUGGCCCCUUUUCAUUUCUGAAAUAGAAGGUUUGUCACCAUUUGUAUAGAAUGGGGAAGGGGGUGGAUGUCUCACCUCUCUCUGGGAUUCUGGAAGAAGCUCCAUUUGAGAGACACACACAUCUUCUUCUUUUCCUUUCCACUUUAACUGCAUCUGACAGGAUGACAAGCCAAGCUUAGGAGAAACAGAAAUACUCAGCCUGAAUUAGAGAAUAUUUCUGGUUUUACUUGAUGAGAAGGAACAUCAGCUGAGGAGGGAAUGCAGGCCCUAGAAGAAACCACACCCCAAUAUGAGGGCCCAGCUCCAGUGGCUUGGGCAAGGAGCCUCCCUGCUAUGUUGGUGUAACCACGGGGCCUGCAAGCCUAGACCAGACCUUGCUUCCGGCUCAGUCUCUCCUUCAAUCCUUGUAACUAAGCAGGAGGGAGGAGAGCCAGCCUUCCUUUGCAACUGUCUGUCCAAAUUUGAGGUGCUUGUUCUAGGGAUCAAGUCCACUGGUUUGGCUUAGGUUCACUGUCCUGAAUUGCAAUAAAGCAAGAGUUGAAUCAAACCCUUUUUAAUGAUAUUUCUGAUCCCAUCUGUGCCCCUGUUUACCACAGGCAAAGGCAUUGUGGUGUCAGGCACCCAUUUAGUCUAUCUGGCACUGAGAAUCUAGACCCUGACUUUACCUAGUUAGUGGAUGAUCUAGCCCCUGGCUCCUUACCACCUCCCUCCUGACCUUCAUUCUGCCUGACAUGUCAUUGUGGAUUGGUAGUGCCCUUGGAGAGGAGAAGUCAAGUACAUAUUCACUCUGGUGCUGGUGGGCAGUUGCAAGAAUCUGCUAGAUAGCCAAGAGCUCGACAUGUGAGUUAGCUACAGAGGGUGAGUUUUCCUCACGAAUAACAUCUGGAUUGUACUGCCAGAAACUAAUUAUUGCCAGUAAUAAUCAAACGUAAAUAGCCAAUACCUCUCCAGGACGAUGACUAUGCCAGGAAUCCAUAAAGGCCUGUGGGGAAUAGCAGGCCAUGGGGCUCCCAGCCAUCCCAUGGCUUACAUCUUGGGCUUGGCUAAGGAAAGGACUCUGCAGUAGGGCAUUUGUGGUGUGUAGCCACUGGGCCCAAGAGCUGAGCCUGGGUCAAGGACAUACAGUAACAAGGGGCUGGGCCCAAGGGUCCUACUAUCUGGGGAUGGCCAGCACUGGGAGCGGUGUCACUGUACCUUACUUUAUACCUGACCGUGUUCUUACAAAGGUGUAUGUAAAGGUUGGCUUUGUUGGAAGAUGUGAUAGGGAACAAUCUUACAGCAAAUCCUUUUAUAAAGUGAAGAAUCCCCUUGAAUUGCUUUUAUCAAAAUCUGCUUAGGGAUGCAUUGGUCCUCUUGCCCCAUCUUACUGUUCUUGACCUUCUUAUCUGCCAGCUAACCCUGCAGCUUCUCUCUGUCAAAGCCCCUUGGCAGAGCUCAUCCUAGAGUUUAUUCAUGUUUGUCCGGACCUUCCCUACUGGAUAGCUUCAUCACAGAAUCUUUAGAAGACUCUUCAUCACCCCCACAUCUCUAGACCUGCUUCUUGGGCCUCUUCUUCCCUCUGUCCACACUCACUGUGGGUGCAUCACUAACCAGGGUUUGUAAACAGCCUGGAAAUUCAUGCUCUCCAAUGUUUAUCUCCAUCUGAGCUCCAGAUCUACUGGCUGUACACUCACCUUUGCUCCUGCAUGUGAUGACAAAGUCCGAUUACUCCCCCAUGAUCCCUGCUGCACUCUGUCCCGUAGCAGGAAAUGGUUAUUCUGUGUCUCAGAUUGGUUUUAGCUUCUCCAUUUUAUAUUGCACAACCACUCCACCACUCCAUUCUCCUGGCUGUAUCUCAGGCAUAUCCAGAACCUGACCACUUCUCUCUGUCCCAAGGCUUGCUCUUCUGACUCACCAUCAUCUCCUGCCUGGAUCAUGGCAGGAGCCACCUCCGCUAGCCUGCCCUGCCCUCUGUUUAUGGUCAGCACAGAAAGGGGAGUGAUUUCUUUAUAGGCCAGUUUGGCCCUUUGCUCCAAACCCUCCAACGGCUCCACUUCCCUUUUUACUUGCAGAAGCCAAAAGCUUUGCCCGGUUCCCAGGGCCAGUAUAUUCUGUGCACCCCACCAACUGCAUCCAUCUUACCUCCCACCCAACCCCUCCUGUCUUGCCAGUCAGUUGUAGGCACACUGGCCUUUUUGCUGAUCUUUAAAAAUGCUAAGUACUCUCUGCCUGGAAGUGAGUUCCCGUUUCUGGAAUGGUCUGAUCCAGGUAACUGUGUGUCUGUACUCUACUGCUCUGCUGGGUCCUCUCAUCAGGGAGGUCUUCCUGAUCACCCUAGAGAGGGGAUCAACUCCUCCUCAGCUACACUCUGACACCCCUAUCUGGCCUCAUACUUCUUGUUAGACCAGAUCACAUCUAAAAUACCGUAUAUGCCUGGUGUUCAUCUGUCUUGUCCCUAAGGAGGGAAGCUCCAUGAAGACAAGUGCUCUGUGCUAGUUCCUAGAAUAAUGCCUGCUCAUAGUAGGCACCUGCCAAGUAAAUACUUGUUGGAUGGUUAAAGCAGUAAAUGAGAAUAAAGUAAGGCAGGGCUGCAGAGGAUUAGGGCUAUUAAAAACCAUGUUUGACUUUUAAUUUUGGAAACAAAUUAAAUACAGUUAAAUUAAAACAGACCAGAUGGUGCAGCUGCACAGGCUUCACCCUCACCCCAGGCUCUGUUCUGGUGGCUCCUAGACCCCGGCCUCACUCUUGUGGUGGGGAGCAGGAACACACUGGGUUUGAGAAACAAAUUGUAGUCACGGACCCAACUCUGAUUGAUAACAAACUCAUUCCCAACAAAGAUGAAAGCUGCAGUCCACCAGGGUUAUAAUUAUAAAUAAAUACACAUGCGGCUAAGAGAGGCUAUUAGGUGAAAUCAACAGAAAUAGCAUCCGCCAAAAAAAACAAAAAUAAAAACAGAAUAUCCCAUUUUGUUGUUCAUUAUCAAUUUCCUGAAAAAUAAGCCCUGGGUUUUUGGCUAAGAAGGUGGCCUAAGACCAGCCAGGCUGACCUGAGCAUUCAGGGCUGGUUUCAGUGAGUGAGGCAGUGCUGUGCCUGGGCAUGAAUUCACUCAUUUGGUGGGUGCCCUGUGCACACCUCCUCCCUCCCCUCCCAUGACACCCCACUUGAUUCUGAUGGGUUGAUUUCCAGAGCCACCAUAGAAAGUGUAAGAGGCUGGGAAUAUCCUGCAAGGUGGCUCAGGGUUCUCAGGGAUAUGAUCCCAUCGGAUGGUUUCACGAAUGCUGUGGGAAGUUAAAUCCAUUUCAAAAUAGGCAGCCAAUGCUAUUUUUUGAAUGUUAGGUUGCUGGACUGAAUCCUACCCACCCACCCAGGAGUGGGUUCUUAGCGGUCCUCAGACCGGUCCUGUGAGUUUAAAUGGAGUGGGGGCUGUUAGGGUUAAAAAAUAAACACCUCUUCAGUAGGCUCAGGCCUUUCCUUUUCCUCCAGUUGGGAGGAAAAUUGUGCUUCCAACUUUCAGGAGCAUGAGUGAUAGCCAGCAGAGGGCUGUCCCUGUCAGUAGCCUCCAGGUACAGGGAAGUAACACAUGCACACUGUUCUUCCUCAGGGGUGGGGGUGGGGGGAGAGGGAACAAGCAGCAGGCUUGUUCUCAUGCUCCCAACUCAGAGAGAAGGGAGAGUUUUGUUCCCAUUUUGUGUUUACAAUAGAAUGAUUUCCAAAGUAAUGUGUGCUCAGGUCUCCUUUCCCCUCAGGAUCCAAAUGAUCUCUGCCCCUUUUCCACAAGUCCCUCUGCUAACCCAAAGCCCCUUCCUCCCUUAAGCAGGGGCAGGAAGGAGUACUGGAUGGCCCCUGCCUCCCUCCUCUUUCUGCCUUGCCCACCCCUGGCUCACUUCAGCCCCUGAGGUCUGUGGUUCUCAAGAGCUCCAGAAAGAGGGCUCCUGCCCUCCCCAGUCCCAGCCCAAGCAAGAGGCCAUGGAGCCCAGUGGGCAGUGGGGAGACAGUGUCUAGACAGGGGCCCGCAUGAUCUUAGUCCAGGUCAGUCCAUGACCUGUGCUGGCUCAAGGGCCCACCUCCUUCCCUGUGCUGGAAGGAGCAGGCUUGAAGGAUGUGGGCCCGGAGUAGGGGACUCCACUCCCACCACAAGCCUGAGGUAUGGGGGAGCCUGAUGGCAGGCCCAGGCUCCCCUCAUGCAGGGUGGUUGCCUGUUGGGAUCAAAGACAGCCUUAUGCUCUGGAAAUAGGAACCAGAGGAAAGCCACAGAGGUAUGUCUACUUGAGAGCAGCUCUCCGAGGACAGGGCGGGGCAGUGUUCCUGAUGCCUGGGCAGGGGGCUGUUCUCUGGUCUUCAGAAUUCCCUGGCCAGGUGGCCUGUGCAGUCGUGCUGGGCCCCAGGAGCAGGGAGCCGGGCAAGGCCACACUGCACUUGACAGCUGGAGUCUUUUCACCUCUCUCCCAGCCUGGCAUCACUCCAGGGCUUAGGUGCCCACCGCAUCUGCUCCGUCAGGCCCUGUCAGUGCAGGAAGCUCUGGGGAGGCGUGCUGGGGCACCGGCUCGCUGGUUGGCAUGACUUGGCUAGCAGCUGGGCCCCUGGUCAUACUGGAUGGAAGGUAACAACAGAUCUGGGAUUUCUGUGCUUUGAUUCUCCGUCCUUUGUCCUGGCAUCAGGCUGGGCUCUCUCUGAAGCCCCCAGUAUAGAAAGGAGGGUGAUGGUGAUUCCUUAGGAGUUUGCCUCGGAGGGACCAUCAGCCAUGGGGAGAGGAUGGAAGGCCAGGAACAGGGUUCGAGAAGGAGGCUCCUGUGAAGGGGAGAAGAAUAUGGGUGAGGCGUUUAAGCAGGGAGGCAGGUGAGGGGCAGCCAGUCUGGCCAAACUGCUCAAGCAUGAGCCCCCAUCAGGGUUCACCCAGGAGCUCCACAGAGCCCAACCCCUAGGGUCCUCUGUGAAUCCCUUAUUGAGAGGCAGGUGGGGGCAGGUCCUUCCAGUGACCAGGUGAGGAGGUAGGGGAUGGGGCUCUGUACAGAUGCAUUUUCAGUGGCACUGUUCAAGCUGAUAUUUUGGUUCAAGGCACAAAACAGGCAGACUGACACCCCAUGGUCUCCUGUGGGCAGGGUAGCUGCCAACAUGGUAAAGAAGUUGAAGCUUAACUCUGAGGCCAGAGGACAGAUGUGUAUCCCACCGUCUGAGCUCCCACCUCUGGGAUGAUAUUAUAGAAAAGCCCAUAAAUUUCCUGACUUGGACAAACAGCUGGCACAAUUCACUUCAUUUAGCUUUUCUGAACACCCUUUCUUUACCUCUAAAAUGUAGAUAGAUCCUGUGGCCUACUUCAAUAGAAAGUUUUAAAGAAUUAAAUAAAAGUAGCAACACUUACAUAAGACUCAUUAUGUACCAAAGAUUGUUCUUGGUGCCCCUAACAACCCAUUUUACAGGUCAAUAAACUGGGGCCUAGAGAAAGAAAGUAAGGUCAAAGGAUGAAAAGUGGUAGGCCUGGAGCCUGAACUAGGCUCUGGGGUCCAUGCUUUCAUCAAUGUGCUACACUGUUGCUAUUAAGAGACACACGGAGGUGCUUGAUGAGGUGGAAGCAGGAGAGUGAGGGGUGCCUGCCACAGCAGCAUGGCUGAAGAGGAACCCACAGGGGAAGACAAAGCCUGGAGAAAGAGUCCACAUAGUAAUGCCUUGCAAUGGGACUGGUGUCAUGGCCACAAUAACAGCAGUAAUGACAGGAGGUUGUCAUGAGGCUGUGUCUAGAAGCUGAGACCUUCAAAGGAGUUGGUGGCAGAAGGACCCAGGUGUGCAGGGGAAAUUGGCUCCCGUGAACUUCUAGGCGGCACAAUGAGAAGGGGACUUCAGCUAUGUCUCUUCCACUCUUGAAGUAUUUGCCCUGCCCUCCCACAAUUAAAAACCAAGAGGAAACGCCUUGGCAGAUUUGUUCCACAUCCACACUUGGGGUGCCCCUGCCCAGUGUGUUGUCUACCCUUGUCACUGCCAUACCUGUAGCCUGGGGCUCAGAUCUCCACAGUGGGGUCAGUGAAGCCUUUUUUCCCCUCAUUCACCAGCACCGGCUUCUCUGUCCGUGUGUGCCAGACCAGGAUCUGUGUGUCCAGAGACACAAAACAACAUGGUGCAGGUCCCCCCACUAACCUCACCUUGCCCCCUCCCAGGUCCCUCCCACACUCUACAAGUACUUCUGCUGCCCCUCCAUUCUGUCCUUGUUCUUUAUUUCUACCUGCCUCCUGAUUCUUGCUGUUUGUACAUAUAAGGCAUUCAAAAUGUCUGUUGGAAAUACAAAGUGUGCAGCUACAGAAAAUAGACAAAUAAGUCCCAAGAUUUCCUCUUACUUCUCAUCUUCCCCU